UCAGCGGAGAGAGGAGCAGAGAGCAGGAGGAGAAGAACGACAAGUGGCACAGGAUUGAGAGGAGCAGCGGCAAGUUUUCGAGGAGGUUCAGGUUGCCGGAGAAUGCGAAAAUUGAUCAGGUCAAGGCUAGCAUGGAGAAUGGGGUUCUCACCGUGAUUGUGCCCAAGGAGGAGGAGAAGCAGCCCCAGGUCAAGGCCAUUGACAUCUCUGGCUAAACAAAAUCCUCAACCUCAAUCAACUCAACUCCACCUCCCCUUUGAGCUAAAUCGUAAUUAUGUUAAAUAACCAUGGUUUGUUUGGUUAAUCUCUUGUGUUUUGUUUCUUGUAUUUUAAGUUUCUGUGUCUGUCUGUGGGUGAGAGUUGAGUGACAGUGUGCUGAUUUUCAUGUACGGUUUCUUGUUCUGAAAUAUAAUAAAUUUUAUUUUUUUGUUUGAUAAA